CAAUAUAGAUACUCCAAAAGAUGAAAUUCAGGAAGAGGUUUCAGAAGCCGCUGACGAGAAGAAUUGUUUGAUAGAUGAUAAUUCAAUUAACGAGUCAAGAAAUGAAGGUAUUUUUCUCAAUCGAGAUUGUAGACGAAGGGAGUAUAAGUUUUGCAAGGGCAGUACGUUUAUGGGAGUUAAAAUGGGACGACGAAAAAGUCACGAUUGUUUUGCCAAUAUAGAUACUCCAACAGAUGAAAUUCAGGAAGAGGUUCCAGAAGCCAUUGACGAGAAGAAUAGUUUGAUGGGUGAUAAUUCAAUUAACGAGUCAAGAAAUGAAGGUAUUUUUCUCAAUCGAGAUUGUAGACGAAGGGAGUAUAAGUUUUGCAAGGGCAGUACGUUUAUGGGAGUUAAAAUGGGACGACGAAAAAGUCACGAUUGUUUUGCCAAUAUAGAUACUCCAACAGAUGAAAUUCAGGAAGAGGUUCCAGAAGCCAUUGACGAGAAGAAUAGUUUGAUGGGUGAUAAUUCAAUUAACGAGUCAAGAAAUGAAGGUAUUUUUCUCAAUCGAGAUUGUAGACGAAGGGAGUAUAAGUUUUGCAAGGGCAGUACGUUUAUGGGAGUUAAAAUGGGACGACGAAAAAGUCACGAUUGUUUUGCCAAUAUAGAUACUCCAACAGAUGAAAUUCAGGAAGAGGUUCCAGAAGCCAUUGACGAGAAGAAUAGUUUGAUGGGUGAUAAUUCAAUUAACGAGUCAAGAAAUGAAGGUAUUUUUCUCAAUCGAGAUUGUAGAGGAAGGGAGUAAGUUUUGCAAGGGCAGUACGAUUUUGGGAGUUGAAAUGGGACGACGAAAAAGUCACGAUUGUUUUGCCAAUAUAGAUACUCCAACAAAUGAAAAUCAGGAAGAGGUUCAAGAAGCCGCUGACGAGAAGAAUAGUUUGAUAGAAAAUAAUUCAAUUACCGAGUCAAGAAAAGAAGGUAUUUUUCUCAAUCGAGAUUGUAGAGGAAGGGAGUAAGUUUUGCAAGGGCAGUACGAUUUUGGGAGUUGAAAUGGGACGACGAAAAAGUCACGAUUGUUUUGCCAAUAUAGAUACUCCAACAAAUGAAAAUCAGGAAGAGGUUCAAGAAGCCGCUGACGAGAAGAAUAGUUUGAUAGAAAAUAAUUCAAUUACCGAGUCAAGAAAAGAAGGUAUUUUUCUCAAUCGAGAUUGUAGAGGAAGGGAGUAAGUUUUGCAAGGGCAGUACGAUUUUGGGAGUUGAAAUGGGACGACGAAAAAGUCACGAUUGUUUUGCCAAUAUAGAUACUCCAACAAAUGAAAAUCAGGAAGAGGUUCAAGAAGCCGCUGACGAGAAGAAUAGUUUGAUAGAAAAUAAUUCAAUUACCGAGUCAAGAAAAGAAGGUAUUUUUCUCAAUCGAGAUUGUAGAGGAAGGGAGUAAGUUUUGCAAGGGCAGUACGAUUUUGGGAGUUGAAAUGGGACGACGAAAAAGUCACGAUUGUUUUGCCAAUAUAGAUACUCCAACUGAUGAAAAUCAGGAAGAGGUUCCAGAAGACGCUGACGAGAAGAAUGGUUUGAUAGAUGAUAAUUCAAUUAACGAGUCAGGAAAUGAAGGUAUUUUUCUCAAUCAAGACAAUAGAGAAAGGGAAAUAAUUUAUUAUAGAUUUUGACGCGAAAAUAUAUUGAUCAGAAACUCGUUUUAAGGAGGCUCGAUCUUUACAGUUUCGUUCGAUGCCAUUUUCAAAUCGUACUUAUAGCUGAAAUUCAAAAAGUACGUUAUUAAAUAUGGUUUUCACCUAUUAACAUUUACCAGUGGCCUUUGAAAACAGUGAUAUAUAAUAAAUGAAAACAGUGAUAUAUAAUAAAUGUCACUUAAUUAAUUAAAAUAUGUCACAACUUAAGUCUUGAAGUUAUGAAAUACCGGAAAUCUUCAAUGGUAUAUAUACAGUAGCUCUUUUCAUUAGUUUAACUUACAAAUCAUCUGGUUCUAAUUGAUUUUUAUGAGUACGUUGUUUCACUGUGCAUCAAACGGCAAGUAUUUUAAUGUACGUUUGAAACUGAUUUUAACAACAAAUGCAAAUUUAAGAAAGGUUUCUUAAUUCAAAUCAUAAAAUCAAAUAUUUUUGAUUUUUACGAUGUUGGAUAUAUUUUCCAAUCAUGCACUAUUUUCAUCUCAAACAGAAAAACUUAUUUCAAAAUACCCAUUGUAAUAUUUAAAAAAACUCCUUCGCUGCAAGCUCGCGUGUUUUCACUGAAGUGAGAGCGAAGCAUUCCCAGAAAAAGGAUCCCCAUAUUUCAAAAUCUGACUAUAUAGUCUAUUAAGUUUUAUAUAACACCUCAUUAAAUUCUGGUCAUUUAAUUGCUGAUGAUCACAUGAUAUGGAAUUAAAAUUCCCAAUUUGCUACCGUGCAAUAGUACUGACUGAGUUGUACUAUUGCUCGCUCAGGGAUGGUUUAAUUAAAUGCAAUCAUUCAAAAUACUAUUCGUGUCGUAAUCGUAGCUCAUUUAACUAUAAUUUUCAUACUGAGACCGACGGAAUUAAAUUCAAAUACAUAACUCGUGCGAAGCAGAAUGGCGAGAGUAAAAAUACAAAAAUCCGUCUUCUAGAUAAUAUGAAUUUAGCUAACGAAGUUAAAUGCGUUUUUUUUUUUACUUCCCAGUUGAGGUAAUCGACGAAGAGAAUAUGGUGGAUGCUCAUAAACAGCAGGACGUUGUUGAAAGGUUAGUUUAUAAUUCACGCAACGUACUCAGUUUAUCGGCCGUUGAUCGACAUGGUUUUGUUUUUCCAAAAGCGAUUCAGUUAUUAUGUACGAUAAUAAGGGAUUCAAAACUAAUGCAAAUAUCGUUCUAUACUAAACUGACUACAAGCUUGCCUACCUGUUGGAAACGUUACUCUAUGACGUGUUCAGUGUUCGAUAACUUGACUAGGGUAAACAAGAAAACCAAAACCUUAAUAUUUCAAUGUUCAUUGUGUCACAUUCUUAUUUUGCAGAUUGUUGGUUAUUUAUUAAGUUGCUAAUUCUGCUAGAUAACAAUUCUGCUAGAUAACGAUUCUGCUCCUUCCAACUGCUACAACACUCUCCACUUUUAAAUCAUACCUAAACAUGAGACUUACCUUCGCCUGACUGUUACUAACUACACUCCUUACCUAUAGCUCACACUUAUUGAUGACGACUAACUAAUAUCUUCCAGGUCAUUCAUUUUGCCACUUCUCUCUUCUGUGCUUCUAUAGGUUUCCAUAAUUCCAUUCACCUUCCAUCUUUCUAUACUAUCUCAUCUAGUGGUGAGCACCGUGCAUGGGACCUAGUCUCGUUUGUGUUUCCGCCACGUUUGGCACCUAUAUAGUUACUAUUCUCCAUAUUCUUGUUCAAUAUAAUUAUCUGUGUAAGUUAUGUACAAUAUUAUCAAGUUAUCUUCGUGCCAAAUUAAAGCUGUUAAGUAAAAUAAAAAUAAAUAAAAUAGCUAUUCGUUGCCGAGGGCGAGGGUGCUAAUUCUGUUAUAAGAAGUGAAAUUCUACCUUUCCUAUGCGAUAGUAGCCUGCGUACUGUAUAGCUGGCGGUUUAAAGGGGUUGGGGUUGUUUUCCGAGCCUUGCCUUUCUAAUUUUCGUUGCCCACCGCCAGCUACGCAGGCUAAUGUGAUGGACGUCGGAAGGUUUUGUUUGUUAUUCACAUCACAAGAUUGUAUGUGCAUGCCCGAAUUCAAGACUGGGAUUUAUAUAUUUCAAUAGCUAAUACCUAGCAAUGCGUAACUUUGUAUUUCAAAACGCAAGUUCGAAUUCAUAUCUUGCAUGCAUUAACCGGCAAAUAGUGGAGACGUCCAAACUCUUGACGAAAAGGAAAAACAGUUAAUAGAAUCAACUUGUAUAGUGAUUUAUAAGAAUCAUGAAUGAUAUAUUGAUUUCGGGCGAGAGGUUUGCAUUGUUGUAUUUUUUAAGGGACCGGUCAUUAUUUAUGGGGGGCACCUAAGAGAAAAAGGGUUGGGUAAACAAGCAUGACUCGCUCAAAUAUGUAUCAACAGUCAUAUGUCAAUACAAUAUGUAAAUUAAUUUAAAGUCGCUAUCUUGAUCAUUUUCCAAUUGUCAGGAGGCAAAUGGUGUCUCCAAAGAAAUUACAUGUGCAGACAACAUGAACCUUUUAACCGCAGAAAAUUGCAUUAUCAAACUCUACAGAAGUGCUAUAAAGGACAUGUGUGACAACUGAAUGGUAUCGUAAAGCAUUUGGCCAGGGGUGGGUAUCUAUUUUUAAUUGAUAUUUGAGGUUGAGUAAAAAUGUUUUUGACAUUUUAAUGGUUGGAUCCGCAAAAGAAAAAUGUUGCCGUCCUCCACUUUCUUCCCUCAUAAAUAAUGACCGGUCCCUAAAAGCGAGCAUUGUCAUGCAGGACUACCAUGCAAUUUGUUAUUUUUAAGGAGACAUUUUAAUAUCCUCACUCGCUUGCUGAUGGGUGUAGGAGCAGAAUGCUUACGGAAGUAUUUCUUGACUAUACACCCAACCUGGAGCAACAAACCUUCUGACGCAAGUACCUUAAAAAAGGGCGUUCUUGAAUUACAAACGGAAGAAGAAACUAUAUUCAAUACUGGUAACAUUGAAAAGUGGGAUGUGUCGUUGCUUUUCCGUGUUCUACGAUUUUCUGCUGUGUCAUCAGUGGAACUUAAACUUAAUCCUGAUAAAAAGGUUGCAUUGUGUAGUAUUAGAGAGAUAAGGAACAAGAUCUUUGCACAUGCUGCCAAUGAAAAAGUUAAUGACAGCGAUUUCAAAAUGCUAUGGGGAGACCUAAAAUGUAAUCUACUAGUGAUUGGAGGGAGCGAAGAGGAUAUUAAUGAAACUUUAAUCGGUAAGACAGACAUGUGCUGUGCAUGAAAAUGCGAGUUAAACAACAACCUUGCAAGCCAGGUAGUUUAACUCCUUGCGAGGUUGGUUUAGCAUUAUUAGGAAAUUUCAUUCCAACUUAUGCCAAUCUUACCAGUAGUAUUAAUUCGUUUCAAAUAUUGUCCAUAGCAUAGGUUUAUAAACCUCCUGCCAUGGAGGCUAUUUUAUGUCAGAUAAUUAUUUUUGUAUUUACUCAAGAUAGUCCAGCGGAUAUGCACAGAUAUUUGAGAAAAUCAUGCACUUUGUGAAGAAAGCACCAAAAUCACAGGAAGUGUAGACUUUAACAUGAUAAUGAAUCUUAGAUAUGGAGGCAUCACCAACAUUGAUGCUGACGGCUUAAAAUUUAGGAUUUCUUAUAUUCUCUUAUUAAUCUCUUAUACAAUUAAAAAUUGUGAAAUUGCAGGUUCACAUAUAGCAAAAAUGACAUGCGUCAUUAGAAAGCUUACAAAAAACUGCAUAUAAGACAUUUAAGCAGUUACUUUGAUUUUCCAACUCCUCUGGAGUUAUGAGCGGUUGAAAAUAUGCUUUAGGGCUAGUGUCCAGGACUUUGGCGGGAUUUUUGCCUAUUUAUCACGUUUUUAAAUAGCAAUAUCUGGAAAACCGCUUGGAAAGUCAAUCAGCCGUUUAAAAGUCUUAUAUGUAGUUUUUUGUAAGCUUUCUAAUCAUGCAAGUCAUUUUUGCUAUACGUGAACCUGCAAUUUCACAAUUUUAACAGGAAUAGGGUUUAAUAAGAGAAUAUAAGAAAUCUUAAUUUUUUAGCCGUCAGCAUCAAUUUUGGUGAUGCCUCCAUAUCUAAGAUUCAUUAUCACGAUAAAGUCUACACUUCCUGUGAAUUGGGUGCUUUCUUCACAAAGUGCAUGAUUUUUUACUUUUCCGCUGUACUAAGAGGAAUGUCCAACGCAAUUUUCUUUUGCAAAAUUUAGCCCUUUGGUUACCGAGAUUUUUCACAAAUGUGAUGGGAUACCUACUUUAUACGUUGUUUGUUUAGACGAUACGGAGUUAGUAGCUGAGCAGUAUAAAGACUUGUUAUUUGAGGAAAUGUCCCGUCGAAGAUACGAAGUUGAAAAUAUUGGUAGUCAAAACGUUUUCAGAAAUGCCAGUGAAGAAACACCACUUCAAAACCAGCCAACUGUCCCGCUGUGGGACGAUUGGAUGAAAUUUCUUGAAUGCAUGAAUUCAUUCAAUUCUGUGCAAACUCAUUUUGUCCUUGUAGCUGAUGAGAUGACGCACAUCAAUUUACAAAAUUUCAAGGUGCUUUCUGCUAUUCCUUGGAAAAUGGUAAUCGAUUUUAACCCAAGUUCAGAGGACGAUGGAUUGUACAAAGCGUUUAGUAAUCAAAGUAAUCUUCAGCGAAUCUUGUCUCCAUUCACUCCCAGCGAAAUUAAAAAGGCUGGCUAUGAAGGCUUACCAAAACAGAUUGAUUCAAAGAGAACCCAAUGGCUAUUUGCUAACGGUCGAAAAGAAGACACCGAGGAUAGUAAACCCAGACCGUUUCCAGUUUGGCGUAAACAAUCGAAAAAACACAUUUCUUCGCUUUUUUACUGCUGUUCACAAAGUAAUAAGUUUGAUAAUCAGAAGUCCAUAAUUUGCCUUCUUCUUCCAACAUCCAAAUCAACGGAAUCAUUUAUGGAAGAAACUCUUAACCUCUUUUCUGAACAUUUCUCAGACUUUAACCCGACGUUUGUAUCCAUUGAUGGCAGCUACAAGAAGCUUGAUAUUUCUCCACGUAUUCGCGAGUUCCCGUUGUCAUCUGAAGUGCUCAAAAAUGGCCUGGAUAAUUUGUUUAAGCACAGUGAAAAUGCCGAGGGAUAUCAAGUUCCCGCCAGUCUUGCUGAAUUGCGUAUUUGUUUAUCUACAAGAGAGUAUAUUUACAUGGAAGAGCUCUUGGAAUUGUUUUACAUUGGAUGUCAAAAUGAGUUUAUUAAUUUGGAAGAUGAGGAGGAAGAUCAAAAAGAAAACGAAGAAGAACACCGGGUUUCGUUUUUAUCUGGGAACAUAAUUUCAUUUCUGAGCCUGUAUUUCAAUCAUGAUGCAAAACGUGAAGUGGAAAAAGAUAUUGAAAUACAUAUUUUACGUCUACUGAACCAAGCACUGAAACAUAGUGUGAUUGUGCAAAUAGCUCAUCCUCCCGGAACGGGUGGUUCGACCAUUACAAGGCGUGUUCUUUGGAACAUUCACAAAAAUUUUCCUUGUGCAUCUGUACGUUUGCCGAAUCAAUUUGAAUUUGAUGAAGAUCCAAAUUUUAUCGACGAGCUUUGCAAUCGAAUUGUAUUUUUGGAAGACAGAUGCAAUAUCCCACCAGUGAUUUUACUUGAUGGUCACCGUCAUUGGAGAGUCCAUGCCUUUAGUAAUCGAAUAGUUCGAACGCUGAAUAGUCGUGGAAAACAUGCUGUGGUACUGGAAUGCAUUCGUAGCGUGAAUUGCGAAAGUAAAUCGUUUAAGCAACCAAACGCAGAUAUUCACAAAGUUUUCGUUGUGGACGCGCGCUUGGAGAAUUCACCCGCUGAUCUGGAAGAGUUAAAAAAUAAGUACCAGCAAUCAAAUCGUUUUGCUCGUCGUGUUUUUCAUUUCCCUCUCUUAUCAAUGGUAGAAGAGUUCCGAGAGAAUUUAAUUCGGAUUGUUUCAACAAGUUUGGAUGAACUAAAUAACGUGGAGUAUGAAAUAGCUGCUUUUGUUGCGUUUUUGCAGCUUUACGGUGAAGUAUCUACACCAGCCCGUCUUUUGUAUGAAGCUUUUCAAUCACACUUAUCAAUAAGUGUAUGUGAACAGGUUACCUACGAAAGCGUCAAGAAUUGUUUCUCAAACAACUUGCUGAAUUUGAUGGUCAUUCAGAGGAAAACAGGCAGUAAAAUACGAAAAUCAAAAGAUAACGAUGGAUAUUUUCCCUCCUAUACUCUUCAGCAUCACGUCGUUGCUGAGCUUGUUUUUAAGAAGUAUCUUGAUGACAAGAAAAUUAAUUUGUACAAGUUCGUUUUGCACUUUCUCGAAUAUAAUAUAUCGAGCAUUGAAAAGUUUCUGGAUUUGUACUGUGAUAUUUUUCUUUUCAACAAAUUUGGCAACCGUGAUCUGAAAUUUUCAUUUCUUAUUGAGAAGUUGAGAAAUGACAACCAAGAGGAAGCGGCUAUUAUUUUGGAUAAAGCUGCUAAAAAAAUACCGGAUCCACGAGUAUAUGGUCACGCAGCACGUUUUUGUGCCAAGAUGAAGCCGCCUAGGUUUGAAAAGGCAGAAACACUGAUUGAAGCUGCAGUUAAACUAUCAGAAUCCAAAGGGAGGGUUAAAAGUAUUCAAGAUGGCAAAGGUGUGGUACUUUCCCUUGAGCUGAGACACAAAAUUCGUAAUAAAAAAGUAGAAUCAAUCGAGCAAUUAGAAGAGCUAGCUCAAAAGGCACUCACGGCGUUUAAUGCGGCGAGAGAUUUCCCUCCUACAUUCCAUUCUCCUUUGCUUGGAGAGGUAGAAGUUUGGCUGUCUUGUAUCCAGUGGAUUACAAACCAUUAUUGUUCAGGUGAUGCUGCUGAAGCUGUCAGAUUUAUUACCACGCAGUCACCACCGUUUUUUCGCACAUGUAUUGGAGAUUGCUUCACUCUCCUUGAUAUUGUUGACAACAUACAAGGAGCGUCGACGACUGUGUCUGAUCCCGAUGAAAUACGACUACGUUGGGACAGAGCUCGAGAAAACAUGAUCAAAGCAACUAGCUUCAAAAAUAGAAUACCUGCCGGUACGCAUGGUGGUGGUCGUUAUGAUCCGUUGUUCGGCGUUCAUUCGAAAAAGAGCUUGCCUGUAUUUACACCAAAGGAAUCCAAGCGUGUUAAGGCCAGAUUGUUGCUUUCAUCUUUUUACCAAGACCCUCGUUCUUUCCAGUCUGAAAAUAAGGAAGAUCUUGUGAGGUUUUUGGAAGAAAUGGUUGUGAUUGAGAGAGAUUAUUCAUUUGCUCGUCAUUUUUUUCAGUUAUGCUCCCAGAUUGUUGGGCCCAGGAGUUACACAUUAGAUCAAUGUUGGAAAGUCUGUCAAGUGUGGUUACAACAACCAGACAGCUUUGACCCGUUGAGGUACUACUACAGCAUGAUCAUCGCUUUUAUUCAAAUCUUAAAUGGGCUUGGACCAAGUGGAUAUUUUGCAGAGUUCAAAUAUCUGGUUCAAAAGCUGAAAGAAGAGUCGAGUAAUAACAGCAAAAGAAACCAGUCGAUGCAUUAUCUUCAAAAGCGAAAUGAUGCCAAUAGAAUGUCUCAAUUAAUUAGCCAUCAUGCCCUUAUUGGUGAUUCGGCAUACAAAACUGAUAGCGCUGAAGCUGUGAGACAUUUCUGGACAGUCGAAUCUCGUCGAAGGUUAAUGGAGUGCACUGGCCGACUUCGCGUUAAAUUACGGGGCAACAAGGAAGUCGCGACUAUUGAACUUUUGGAAGGAGGCGUUGAACUGUAUGUUGGGAAAUCUGCUGAAACUGGAACGCCAGGAAGAGACUUUGACAAAGACGCUAAAGUAUAUUUUGUUGUGAGCUUCACGUUGAGAGGACCCGUGGCAAAUGGGAUAACUUUCCAGUCAAUGAAACCAACCUAAAAUUCUCACCAAUAAAUGACCUUAUCCAUAUUUAAACGAAUGUUUAAGCACUGAAUUUGAUGAAAUUAAUUAAAGGAGUUUGACCAUCAACAGAUUCUAUGGGCGACAGCUUCUUAGUAACUAUUAACUGCAUUCUGCAUUUUAACUUUGAAACUUCGAGGGAAGGAGGAGGGAAGGCGUCAACCUGUCCGUUAUACCAGGGCGCUAUAAAACACGGGCGGGGAAACGCGCUAAUAAAUGACCGUGCUACGUGUGAUGCACAUUAGGAUUGGCGCGAGCGCGC